UUCACAAUUACUACAGCUUUCAACAUUAACAAUCCACAAAAAUCAUUCCUUCCUUCUUUUACAUUACAUUACGUACCAACCAUGCAGUUUCUUCGCUCCAAUCUAAGCGAAGACCCACCAAAUUCAUCUAAUGAUACAACCUGCUCCAUUAUGUCUCUCCCUUUUGACUUGCUGCUCGAAGCAUUGGGUCGAGUUGCCUCCUCUUCCUUCACCGACCUCUUUACGAUCAAACAAUGUUGCAAAGACCUUCGUCGAGCAGCCGAAGAUGAAUAUGUUCUUGAACGUAUUUCGAUUGAAAAAAUCCCUCUAAUCCAUGAAUGGUUGAAACAUGAAGAAGCUUCUUUGUUCUUCAAGCGGUGCUUGGAGAGUGGUAAUCCAGAAGCUCUUUACCGUCAAGGGAUGGUUGAGUAUUUCACCUUUCUAAAAGUGGAAUCGGGGCUUGACCAUUUAAAAACAGCCAUGCAAAAGGGACACGUGGAGGCUUCCUACGUCUAUGGCAUGAUCCUAUUUUGCUCGGGUGGAGAGUGGAGUUUGCAGGGCCUCCAAAUUUUGACCACCUUGGUAAUUGGUAAUAUCCCAAAAUGCCGAGAAAGAAUUAAUAAGAUGAUGCGAGCAAUGUGGGUUAACAAUAUUAAUGUUGUUGUGCCACGGCAAUCUCGAUUUUGCAACCAUGAAGAGGAGGAGGGUAACAUUAGACUAACAGUAACGUGGGAUGGCUACGAACAAGUGAUGGAUGUAGAUUGCGAGGCUUGUCGAUGGAGCAGGGAAGCCAAAUUGUUUUGUAACAUGUUAUCUCGUUAAAA